AUGGCCUCAGAAGACAUCCCGAAGACGGCGAUAACAAAGCCAUUCGGCCUGUUCGAGUUCCUCCGCAUGCCUUUCGGCUUGAGAAACUCCGGACAGACAUUCCAGCGCUUUAUUAACGGCGUUUUACACGGCCUCGACUUCUGUCAUGCGUACCUCGACGAUCUACUCAUCGCAAGCAGCACACCAGAUCAACAUGAGGUGCAUCUGCGAUCAGUGUUUCAGCGCCUGGCAGAGCAUGGAAUACUGGUGAACACGGACAAGUCUGAGUUUGGGGUGCACAAGCUGACGUUUCUUGGUCACGUCAUCUCGAGCUCCGGAAUUAAACCUCAUCCAGACAAGGUUAAAGCUGUCGAGCAGUUCCCACAACCCAACAAUAAACGUCAGCUCCGUGAGUUCCUUGGUCUCGUGAACUACUACCGCCGUUUCAUCCCCCAGUGUGCCACUAUUCUACAGCCUCUCCACCUCCUGCUGUCGACACACGAAGGUGCCGCUAAGGAUACAAAGGAUGCCCUGAAAGCCGCACUCAUGGCAAGCGAAGAACACUCCUGGGUCGAAGCACUGCCCAUUGUACUCUGGGGCAUUCGCACUGCUUUCAAGGCGGACGUCGGCUGCAGCGCUGCAGAACUUGUCUACGGCACAACCCUGCGCCUGCCUGGCGAGUUCUUUGUGCCUGACCAACAACAAACCCACAUUCCUGCUGGCGACUACGCAUCUCGCCUACGUCACAUCAUGACAAAACUUCGACCGACACCUCCACGACAGCCCACAGAAAGAAGCAUAUAUGUGAGCAGCGAACUCGAGUCGUGUAGCCACAUCUUUCUGCGCAACGAUGUAGUACGAAGCUCACUACAAGCACCGUACGACGGACCCUUCAGAGUUCUCCGCCACGGGAGAAAAACAAUUUCCAUCGAAAGGCAUGGCCGCCAGGAAGUGGUGUCAUUGGACAGAGUUAAGCCGGCACACAUGGAGACCAACCAGUCCACGACAGAAACCUCCGCCCUUCCACCUGAAACCUGCCGAACAGCGCCACAUCCCACACCAGCGACGGACGCCCCAGUGACUGAAAAAUAUCACACACGCAGUGGAAGACGGACAGGUGCGCCAAAUCGCCUCAACCUGUAG